GCGUUCUUUUAAACAUUUUUUUUUUUUUGCUUGUUUAUUUUUUCGCUCCUUUCGUUAAUCAAUGACAACAUGAAUCUAGUGUACAGUAAUUUAUAUAAACACGAUGGGUGUCAAGCAAAGAUAUCGCCCGAUGGACUCUUUGUAGCCAAUGUACAGGAAAACCGAUUAAUUAUUCGACAACACAAUCAAGGGUUGACUAUUCAUAUGGUGCACCUGUUGAAAAACCCGAUUGAUUAUAUUGAAUGGUCCCCGAAUUCAGAAUAUAUCUUGUCGUGUCAUUACGAAGGAGGACGUAUACAUGUACGAUCCUUGGCGGACAAAAACUGGCACGGCGUGAUCAAGGAAGAUCGUGCAGCUAUGGUUAAAGCUAUGUGGACCGCUGAUUCCAAAAACAUUCUCUAUACCACCGAGCUCAAGUUACUAUUGGGUAUUUGGAACUUGCCGACACUGGAAUAUAAAUACAUCAGACAUAUUAAAUACACGGACAAAGGCAUUGAGACGAGUCCAGAUGGAAAUUAUAUCGCUAUUGCACGAAAAGAAAACGGAAAAGAUUGUAUCAGUACCUACUCUAGUAGCACAUUUGAUUUGCUGGAGCAUUUUGAAGUAGGUACAGUGAAUUUACAGAAUUUGAAGUGGUCACCAGAUGGUAUGUUUAUAGCCGUAUGGGAUCAUUGUCUCCAACACAAGUUACUUGUAUACCGUCAGGACGGGAAAUUAUGUACUUUUUAUAGCGGAUAUGAUUUCGGUCUGGGGAUUAAAACCGUGCAAUGGAGUCCAAAUAGUCAACUUAUUGCCUUGGGCAACUAUGAUCAAACAAUCCAUUUAAUUUCUACCAGGGAUUGGAAAUUAAUUAGUAUAUUAAAUCAUCCAAAGAUAAUAAAAAAAGACGCGAACAUGAGGGUAUUGGAAGAAAAUGCAUUACCAUACUUGGAAAAGAAUAUAAAAUCGCAAUCAGAAAUGGCUAAUUUCAACUGGAUUACAAGACGACCUUAUGAAUUUAGUUCAUUACGAUCCGAUCCAAAAGACAUCAAUCCAAAGGUUGGAAUAGGGCUCUUUCAAUUUAGCGUGGAUAGUUCUUACAUCUACAGUCGAAGUGAUAGUAUACCGAAUGUAUUAUGGCUAUGGCAAGUGAAAUCACUCGAGUGUCAUAAUGUCAUUGUAUUCAAAAAUCAGGUACGUCAAGGUUUGUGGAACCCCCUGGAAGCUCACAUGCUGGCUGUGAUUUGCGGUGAUAAAAAUCUACACUUUUUACAACCCACUGACGAUGGAGAAGCUGAAUUGAUCACAGCUCGUGUACCCUUAAAUGAAUUUUCUAUUAAAAGAGCUAAAUGGAACUCCAAUGGUGAUUCAUUACUGAUGAUGGACUCUGAAUUAUUUUGUUUAGCCGUACUUUAAACCGAAAAAAAAAAAAGUUUUUACCCCAGAUUUACAAAAAAUUAAAGCUCCCCUUUGUUUGGCAUGUUUUAUUUUUUUAGGUGAUGGGUAUAAUACAAUUUUUCUUUAAACAUGCUUUUGGAGAAAGUCGCUAUGGAACUUUUCAAUACCGGAACAGAAUUGAUCAAA